ACCCUCGCCCGCACCUGCAUAGCCCUCGCGAAUCCAAAAAGGGGAAGGAAAAAAAAAAUAUCGCGAUGGCGUCUCCCCCGCCCCCUUCGUCCCCGAUCGACACACUCUUCCUCCAAACCCUAAUGAGUCGCCUCCAACUCCGCCCCCCGUUCCUCGACACCAACUCCUUCCUCACCCAAACCCUAGACGACUUCCUCCUCCACGGCGCCGGCGACGACUCCGAUGAUCCCGACGACGACGAUGACGACGAUGGCGGUGCCGCCUCCGCCGCAGGGAGCAAGGAGGAGAGAAACCGCCGCGCCCUCGCCAAGGAGGAGGCGAAGCUCGAGAGGGAGAUCAUCCGCAUCGUCCACUCCGGCGACUUUCUCGAGGCCCUCAAGCCCAACUCGGGCCAAUCCGUCUCCAUCGGCGACCACAACAUCUGCGUAGGGUUCCACGAGGACCCCGGUUCCGAGUACCGCGUGUGGGAGUGGCACGGCCACGUGAUGCUCUUCGACGAGGAAGAGGGGUACUCGGCCGAGUACAUAUACGGGAACUACUUCGAGCGGUUGGCGGGCAAGAAGGGAGGGAGCAGAGGGAAGAAGGAUGAGGGGGGUGGGAAUUUGGGGCUUAGGGAUUUGAUCGGGGGGUCGGGCAAUUCGGUUGGAAAUGGCGGGGGCAGGGUCCUUCACCGUAACUCGAUCAGGUAAUGAGUCCCGUUUUCGUGUUACACCUACUUGAUAAUUCGAGGAGAGUAGGUAACUCCACUUCAAUGAUGGUCUUUUGCUCUCAACUGUUGGAUGAACAACAACAUUAUGCUUCUUUGCUACUGUGGGUUUCAUCCUGUUUCCUACAUGAAUUAAAAGUCUAAAAGUGAUAAAAGUACGGUACUGUUAUUUGAAUAUGUGGUUAUUUUGCAGCCUCGCGAUGAUAUCAUCUUUCUUUCUAGCUUUUGAUAUUUGUAUGAUGUUGAAGCAUUUUCAUCGAAGUUGGACAGAAUAACGAACUUUGUACUAUGUGUUAUAUUUGCUGUGUCCCAGAUAUGAUUGUUAGAAUGUCCAAA